UGCGUUCAGUUUAAAAUUAAUAUUCAACCGCGGUACUUGAAGUAUAUCAUAAUUACUCAAUGUAAAUUACUUUAUAGUCAGUAGCAUUAAUAAUCAACAGUAACACAAAAAAAUUAAGUUUUCAUCAAAUGAACUCAUUAUCAAGCAAUUUGUUUUGGAGUGAAAAAUAAUUGAUUAUUAUUUAUCGUAAAUGAACAAAAUAAUUUGAUGAUAAAAAAAUAGAGACGAAAAAAAAUGGUCGGGGAAAAAAGUAAAAGCAAUAUCAUUUACUACGAGUGUCACAAGGGAUUAGUGAAUACUAAUCGAGUUGUCGAUCGAUUGUCAAAUCGAAGGCCCGUCCACGUCCGGCCUGUAACGGUACACGGUGGCGAGACCAAUAAAAAUGAAAAUAAUACCGAGGAUUUGAGACAAAUAAGGAGCCAUCAUUCAAGACAAUACUCCUGGCAGGAGUCAUGGAUGUGCGAAGUAAGUAUAUCAUCAGCCCGUGCGUCGGUGAUGGUUUACGACGACGUGAACAAAAGGUGGAUACCAAGUGGUAGCUCCUCAGGAUUGUCAAAAGUUCAACUUUAUCACCACGUUGUACACAACACGUUUCGUGUCGUUGGACGAAAACUCCAAGAUCACGAGAUUGUAAUUAACUGUGCGAUACUCAAGGGAUUAAAGUACAAUCAAGCAACAGGAACAUUUCACCAAUGGCGUGAUAACAAUCAAGUUUACGGUCUCAAUUUCUCGAGCAAAGAUGACGCAGAUGCCUUUGCACGCGCUAUGUUGCAAGCACUUGAUGUGCUGAGUAAUGGCAGCAACAUAUCGAGGAGUUUAGUACCAGCAGGCACACCAGCAGGUCAACAGCAAACUGUCUAUCCCCAGCAACCCCAGCAGCAGCCGACUCAGGCUAACGCACAAUACGAAGAGGACAUGGGAUACAGUCAAAUCCAAGGCCAUGCUCAUCAAAGUCAUCCAUCAAUGGUGGGUGCAAUCCCACGGAUUUCGUUGUCACUCGGACAUCUUUCAUCAGGAGUCGCUGGUGUAACACCUUCCUCAGUGCCCCCGACUCCUACUCCCAAUCAUCAGAAUCAGAAUCAGAAUCAAAAUCAGAAUCAGAAUAACAUAACAAACAAUAACAAUCACAACAGCGUCAUACCAACGGCGAUUAUUCAAACUGGCGGUUGCUCGCGUCAUUCACCAACAAAUGGCCUCAAUACGAGAACCAUGACCCGGGAAGACGUUGCAAUUAUUCAGGAACGCAGAAUGUCCCAACAAAGUCAAAGUUCAAACGGGCCAAACGCCGUUUCUCCCAGUUGUCCAUCAGUGAAUCCCCAGUCACAGCAACAGCAACCUGUACAGCAGCAGCCGCAGCAGUCUGGACACCACAGAACGUCUUCAGCACCGCCAGCGCCUCAGCCCCAGCCUCCACCGAUGCCCGGAGCGAUGAUAAUACGGCCGCAGAUACCUGGGCCUCCGGCGCCACCGCCCCAGCCUCCAGCGGCACCACCAGCGCCUCCUUGUCCACCAGCGAUGAUGAACAUCAAUGCCCCAGUGCCGCCCCCGAUGAUAAAUCAGUACGCACAAUCAUCAUCCCAAACGAACGUCAUCGCGAAUCAGCCCAACUCUCAACCCCAAAAUAUUUACGGCAAUAAUAAUAUUAAUAAUCAGAAUAAUAAUCAGGCAAAUAACAAUAAUCAGUACGCCAGCACACAGUCAAAUCAGUACGCUAGUAAUUCAAAUGUCUGUCAGAGUCAGUACUCGAGUCAGAGUAGUCUUUACGGGAGUAAUAAUCAAAAUUAUUCGCAGUCAAACAACGCAAUAUCUGUAGCGCCGGGUAGUCAGUACGCGAGUAGUCAAAAUUCUCAGUACGCUGCUGCGGGAAAUAAUGUUGCUGUUGCCGGUAAUAAUCAGUACGGUAGUAACAGUUCGAUAAAUCAGUACGCAAGUUCACCGAAUCAGUUUGUACAGCAACAACAGCAACAAGCUCAAGUAUCUCAGUACGGAGUCGUGGGCCCAGUUGCCCAAGGGCAGUAUGCCGGGCAAAAUGCUAAUAACGUUGUCAAUAAUCCCUACGGGACACCUGCUAAUUCCGUUAAUCAGUACGCAACUGGGCCUGCGGUUAACGCUAACGCUUAUCCUCCCGUUGGCAGCAAUGGUCCUCCGCCACCCCCGAUGGGUCCGCUCGUUGGUCCUGCUGCUCCACCCCCACCUCCGCCCCCGCCUGCUCCCAACGCUGAUGCUACCAAGAGUGCUCAAGGUACUAAUAAUACUGUUAACUCGUCUGUGCCUGAAUCUGCGCCCGAUGUUAAUUCCUUGGCAGCUGCGCUCCAAGCCGCCAGAUUGAAAAAGAAACAGCAACAAGCGCAGUCAGUAGAAAAUAGUCCAUCUAGUGGCGGAGGUGGCGGCAAUUACGGAACUCUCGGACGAGGAGGAGGCGGUGGAAUGGCUUCAAUGAUGGAUGAAAUGGCUAAAACACUGGCACGUCGUCGGGCAGCUGUUGAAAAAAAACAACCGGAGCAACCUCCAGAACCAGAUAAUUCACCAGACAAAAAAUGGGACAAAAAUAACGCGAAUAAUAAAUUUUCAAAUGGAGCAGAGUCACCAAAGUCUGCGCGCAAAAGGUUUGGAUCUGCUUCCGAGGACACUUUACUUCGAGUUAAUGGUGUUAAUGACGGGGCCUUGCUUACUGCUCAAGAAAUGGAGGCCUUCAAAGCUGAAAUAAUAAAAGAAGUGCGAAAAGAGUUUCAGAAAAUGAAACAAGAGAUAAUUGAUGCAUUGAAAGGAGAAUUGAAUCGAAGGUAAAGAUUUAUACAGCUUAAAACAGACAAAUAAACAAGAAUAAUAAAAUAAAAAAAAAACUGAUAAAUAAAGAAGAGAGAUUUGACUAGAUAGUUGAACUUUACCAUUAUCAUCGACAAACAACCACUUUAACGGUUUUUAUUACAUACUUGCGAUAACAAAGUGUAGUAAUAUCCAUGUAUAUCUGCCAUUUGUGUGUAAGUACAUUAAUCUAGCUUAGAAAAUUAACUUUAAGUUGAGUUUAAUUUCGUACCCAGUUACUAUUAGUAAAAAAAAACUGUUUCUUUUAUAUAAAUUUAUUAAUCUAUUUAAUUUCUAUCGGAAUUCAAAAUUACUGAGCUAUCCACAAGCUUUCAUAUUUUAUAUUUUUAAAAGUAACAUUUACCGACAACUUCAAAUAUUUGAAUUUUCAUUUUCAUGUCGCGGUUUUUUUAAAUUUUAUUAUUUGUAAAAUAUGAGUGUGAAUGCAGCUGACGAUUGCCAGUUUUAUAAAUUUUUACAUAAACAAAAAUUUGAAAAUGCGAACGCAGAUAAUUUAAAAAUCAGUACCCGCCUUUUUUUAAAUUUCAUUAUUUCAGUUAUUAAAAUUAUUUUACAAAAACUUGUAAAUUGUCUCAUGUCUGGUACAUUCACACUCAUAAAAUAUUUAAAAUACGACGAUUGUGAUUUAAUAUUCCUGGCUGUAUUCAUAUAAGUACAUAUCAAUUAUACAUUCCGUUUAAUUUUUCAUUAAACUUUUUUUUACUACAAUAUUUAAAACUCGUCGUAAAAAAAAUUUAAACUACGAUUUUUUUAUUUUUUAUUUCUAACUCCCACGACAUUUGAAUGAAAAAAUUAUUCGCGGUAUCAAUGGAACACAAAAAAAAAAAAAAAUCAAUAGUGAGUUCAAAUAAAUGCGUUGAAAAAAUGAUACUGAAGUUAGCUGACGUUUUAUAAUUUUUGGAUUUCAAAAAAAAAUUUCGAAAAAUUGCACUUAUAGUUUUUUAAAUUUUCUACCCAUGCAUUUUUUUUUUUUUUUUUUUUUGUAAUUGAUUGUUGAAAAAAAAAAUCCGAAAAUUGCAAAUUGUCUACUAACUUCAGAAUCAUUUGAAAAAAAAAUAGACUUAAAAAUAUAUAAAUGACAGCAAUAAAAAUAUUUGUUAUGAUUACUAUUGACAAUUAAGAAGCACGUAAAUGGAUUUCGAUAGUCGAUAAAUAAAUUUUAAAAAAAUAAACAUAAUAAUAAUAAUAAUAAGGAACAGAGUUACUCGUAUUAGCAGAAGUAAUGUGUCGCGGUUAUUUGCACAAUCUUCUGUGACUGAAAUAAAUAAAAGUCAGUCUAUAUUUAAAAACUAAUAAGUAAAUAUACAAAGGUACUAUUAAUUUUAAAAUAAAAUUUUCACUGGAUUUAUAUUAAAUAAAUAAAAAUAAAAUUUUCUAAUAUUUUUUUCUUAUUAAGACUGAGCUAAAACAAGAGCAAUUUAAUUAUCUAUUUAUAAUAAUUAAAUAAAUAAUAAAAAAAAAGUUAUUAAAAUUAACACUCGUAUUAAAUACUGAGUAAACGAAUGGACAAUUUGAUUGUAACUGACAGGUUUUUAUUAUUUGACUGAUAAAAAAUAUGAGGAGCUGAAGGGCUGCACAAAUUUAUCUAAUAAUUUUAAAAUAAAUAAAAUUGGGAACUUAUAAUUAUUUAUAAAAUCAAUACUAAGAUUUAAAAUUAAAUAAUAAUAAUAAUAAUAAUAAUUAAUAUAUCAAUCUUAUAAGUAAAGAUAAAUAUUAAAAGGCUGAUUGUCGUAUUCCGACGAUUUUAAUGCGUCGUGCACAUGCUUUUGCUAAACUAAACUACUCUUCCCGUGUAAUAUAUAUAUCAGUAUAAAAUAUUAAGUGCUUCUUAGGCUUUUUAUUUAAAUAUUAAACUUAUUAAUGAUAAAAGUUAUUUAUAAUUGGAUGUAUUUAUAUUAAAUUUUAAUUAAAACAAUUAAACUACCAAAAAAAAAUUUAAUUACUUGUGAAAAUGGCUUUGUGGAUAAUUAUAGUCGAGAUAUUAAAUAAGUUUAUGCUUGAAGGCAUUCUCAGACAGUGCUCCCACUUUUUUUAAAUAUUCAAUGACUUUCAAUUGCAAUGACCGUAAAAUUUUGAUGAUUAAUUGAAAAAAGAACAAUUUCGCUGAGAUAGAUUUUUAAAAAAAUUACUCACGAGUUAAUGAAAUUUGAAAAAUAAAUUUCAGUAAAAUCUUCAUAAUUUGAACUGUCAAAUUUUAUGAUCCAGACGUCAACAGACAAUCGGAAAUUUUCGGAUUUUUUUACUGGAGAAUUAAAAAAAAAAAACUAAAAAUAUGCACAUGUAGAAAAUUUAAAAAACUAUGGGUGCAAUUUUUGGAAAUAUUUUUUUUUUAAUGACUUAUUGUUUAAAAAAAAUCCAAAAAUUAUCAGAUGUCGGCCAACUUCCGUUUCAUAAAAUUUUGAUGAGUGUAGCAGACGUCAGACGAAUUUAAAAAUAUAAAAAAUAGAGUAAAUAAUUAAAAAAAAAUAUUUCGAAACAAUGCACUUAUUAAUUUUGAAAUUUUUUACAUGCGCAUUUUUUAAAAUUUUAUUUUAUUAAUUAUUUACUCCAUUAAUAAUUUUAAAGUUGCUCUGCUACACUCAUAAAUUUUGUAGACUACAAUUUAUUUAAAAAUUUUCUUUAAAUCCUAAUUGAUAACAACUGUAAGUAUUUUUUAAAAAUCUAAUCAGCAAAAUUGUAACUGCGUUUUUUUUUUAAUUCAUACUUAAAUUUUUUUAAAAAUAAUUAAUUAAAUUUUUAUACUGGUUACAGUUCGUCAUUAAAUAUUUUUAAAAAGUGGGGGUACUGUCAAAAUGCUCGUAAUGUUGCAUUAAAUUCCAUUAAUCGUUUUUUUUUAAUUUUUGUUUCUAUGUGAGAAAUGUGCACUCGAUUUAAAUUGAUAAUUAAUAUUAUCAAUUAUUAAUUAUUAAAUACAAAGCUUGAAUUGUCAUACUUAUAUAUCUCAAUUGUCUUAUCGUAUAUUUUAUAUUUCUUUUGUAAAUAUUAAUCUUAUUCCUUCCAUUAACACAUAUUUAUUUAUAAUUAUUUACAUUUAGUUUAAUUUCAAAUUAAUCAUCAAAAAAAAUAAUUAUAAUUAUUAAUAAAAUUUUUAUAAAAUUUAUUGUCAUGGAUUUAAAUCACCAGUGAGUUACUAUAAUUAUUUAUACUUUUUAUAAAAUAUUUAAUUGUCAAUUAAAAUGUUUAUCAAUAAAUCUUAAAUGUUUAAAUAAAAUUAGCGGGAAAAAUUUGAAAAUCAUUAUUGCGAUAUAGGACCAGAAAAAAAAUGGAUAGUAUUAAGCAGCAUUUACGCGUUAAAUAUAUCAAUUGCUGAAUUUGUAGCUCUAAUAUUUGUAAUAAAAUAAAAAAAAAUUAUUAAUGUACAAGACCCAAUUAUUGACACUUGAAUUUCUUUGCUUUGACUUUCGCGCAAAAUUGUUGAUAUUUUUAAAAUAAAAAAUUAAAUUUCAGAGAAUACGAGAUCAAAGUGACACCUUUUAGUUAAUUAUUGAUAUCAAGUCCCAGUAAAGAGACAUAAUUUAAUUAAUAAUCAACUAAAAUAAUUUAGAAUCCCGACUCUGUAUCUUUUGAAAUUUAAAUUGCCUACAAAUAUUUUAAUAUUUUUUAAAUGUAAAAUUCCGAGUAUGGGAAUCCCAUGAUUUUAUGACGUGCCAAUAAUUGGUACACUUGAGUAAUUAAAUAAAAUAUUUUAUAUUUAUUAAAAAAAAUAAAAUCAUUAAAUUUAAUGCAAUUAAAAAAUAUAUGAUAUUUCAUAUUAAUAUCACAUAUAUUAUUAAAUAAUAAUUUGUGUCUGAUAUAUUUGUUGGUGUCAAUAAUUGGGACUUACUUUAGUUAAAGCCGCCAGUUUAUUUAACUGAGUGAAUAACGAAUUGAAUGUGAAUGAAAAAAAAAAAAAAAAUAAAACGAACAAAUAAAGUAAUUAUAGCAAAGCUAUUGUAUUGUAUCUUGAAAUGUAAUUACUUAAAUCCAAACAUAUUCUCAUCAGGAGAAAAAUAUUUAAAAAUAAAAUAUCGACCAUAAACAGUUUUCGAUAAUUUUUUAUGUUAAAUUCCAGCAAAACUGUUUAUGCUCUUACUGUUUUAAAUAAAAAAAAUAAAAUAAAAAUUAAAAUAUUGUAUUGGAUUUUAUUGUAAUAAGAUUAUAAUUAUAAUUAUGAUUAUUAAUUAAAUAAGAAUAAGUUGUCUCAAUUGUACAGUUGUACACGUAAAUAAUUGUUCUCAUUGUAAUAUUUUAAAAUACGGAUUAUUCGGCAAGACGUCGCGAGUAACAACCGAUUUAAAUUCAUUUUUUAACUCCUUUUAAACCGCGGUCUGUUCGGAUCCAUUGGGCCGCUUGCUAUACACCCGGGAAAAUUUGAAUUCUUCGAAGAUUAAAUUUUUAGAAGAAAAGUAAAACAAUUAAAAAAACUAUCAAUUAUCAAUGUACUGAUUAAAGUUAAAUUUAAGUCAACAGAUUUUAGUAUUUCGAUUAUGAAUAUUUUUCAUAAAUAAAAAAAAGUCGAUCAUUAAUUAAUAAAAAAUGUAAAUAAAAAUAAAAAUCGAUCUUAUCAUGUACCUGAAGAUCGGGUCGUUUUUCGCGCCACGAAAAUGAAAAAAAAAUUUACGUAAUUCGACUGCUUGAUGUGACUUCAGGGAUAAUUGGGGGUGCCUGCAAUUUUUAGUCCAUACAAGCACCUGUGCGAAACAUUUUGGAAAUUUCGUUCCAGUAGUUUUUGUACUUUUCAUUUUGUAUUUUUAUUUUCGUUCUGCAAAAAAUGUUCCGAUCUUAUCAUGUCUUCUGUCUGCAGUAAAUGUACAUGUAAAUUUUAUGUGCGUGCAGCAUAAUAAAAUUUAUUUUUAUUUCUGAUUAAAAUUUCUUACUAAUUAAUGACUGAUUAAUUUUAUUCUCAUUGAUACUGUUCAUAAAAAUUACUCACAAUCGUAACAUCAAAAUUUGUGCACUUAAACUGUCAUUUUAAUCCGUAGCCUUGAUAAUUCAUGAAUUUUUUAUUGGUUCUUUUUCCUAAAAAAUUUACAAAAUUUAAAAUUUAAAUUUUCCCGGUAUCUCGUGGGCCUCAGUACCCAGGGGUCAUGGGUCCGAAUGACCACUGGAUUUUAUAAUUUUUGUAUUUUUAUAUUUAACCCGAAUAAUUUUUUUUACUGUAUAAAAAAUUUACAAUAUCUUUCAAUAACAGGCAGUUUGACAAUAGGAUUGCCAAUAAGGGGCUGUGAUUGGAACGUGAUUUUUAUUUAAUGCUCUACAAUAUUUAUUGAUUAAUAAUUAAUAAUAAUAAUAAUAAAUAAUAAAUAAU